AUGGCAGGCGCGGAAGGUGACGACAAUACCGAAACAUUUUCGGACUCAAAUCCUACACCAGAGGAUGCAGGAAAUUUACAAAUUUUACUCUUAAAAAGAGAUCGCAUUCACGACGAAAUAUCGCGUUUCAAGUUGUGGUUUGAAACAAACAAUCUAAGUACAUCCGCUUCUCGACUAAGAGUAAGAUUGCGCGAUUUUGUACGUAUUAAGGCUCAGUUUGACAAAAUCCAUUCUCAGAUUGAAGCUCUUGAUGACGCCACCCCCGAUUUAGAACAAGCUACCACAAGACUUUAUUUUGAAAACGCGUAUUACGAUUUAUGUGCAGAUGUCGAAGAUGCUAUUGAACAAAAACGCGUUAACACAUCUUCACCUGCACCGCAAGGUAACGCACCUACGAGCACACCGUCACCAUCGGUGCAGUUGCUCCCGAAUGUUAUUAAACCGUUUAGCGGAAUUUAUACUGAAUGGCUACCUUUUUAUAAUACAUUUAAAACACAAAAGGUGUCUACAUUUACAGCGGCAGUAAAUCGCAAUAGUACACAAUCCACUUGUUAUUUUUGUAAAAAAUCUCAUUUAAUUUACAACUGUGUUACCUUUUCAAAACUCAGUGUUUCGGAAAGAAGGUCUCAGGUAGAUAGGUUGAAAUUAUGUCAAAAUUGUCUCAAACCAUCGCAUACGUCCGAUAGCUGUAAAUCUAUGUCAUGUAAAUUAUGCCAAUUGAAACAUAAUACACUUUUACAUAGUGACCAACCCUCCCAUUCAAACGAAAACCAGCCUAGUACCAGCGGAGUUUAUUGCUCAUCCGCCCUUUUUCCACAAGCCGUUUUGUCUACAGCAAUAAUUCUAAUAAAGGAUUGUAAAAACAAAUUUCAAAAAUUCCGGGCUUUGUUAGACGUGGGUUCAGAAUCGCAUUUUAUUACUGAAGCCGCCACUAACAAAUUGGGUUUAAGUACAGAAAAUGCAAAUGUGGUCGUAGCAGGUUCAAAUACGACCGCUAGACAAAAGGUUCAGGUACAGAUCGAGUCGUUGCAUUACUCAUUUACAACAGCUUUAAAUUGUCUGGUAAUCCCAAAAAUUUCGAAGAACAUACCUGUCCGUACCUUUUCUAAAGAUGAGCUGGACAUACCUGAAGCGGUAAAACUUGCCGAUCCUAAUUUCAAUUUUUUGUCACAGCCAAUCGAUCUGUUAAUCGGAGCUGGAUUAUUUUGGCAACUGUUAUGUGUAGGUCAAAUUCAAACGAUAGGACAUGGCUUAAUAUUACAAAAAACUUUAUUAGGUUGGAUUGUAGGAGGGCCAUUGCAUGGAUGCCCCACCAGUAACACUCGUCAAAAUCUACAUUGCGCGGUCAAUAAUGUCAAUUUAGAAAACCAGGUUGAAAAGUUCUGGAAACUUGAAAGUUAUUCAAACGAUGAUAAGCCGCUCACAGCUCUUGAAAUACAACAUGAGAACUAUUUUAUUAACACUGCCACUCAAUUAUCCAACGGACGAUUUCAAGUCAGAUUAACCUUUAGCAAGAGUUUCCCAAUUUUGAGGAAUUCGAAAGAAAUCGCGCUUCAACGAUUGUACUCAUCGGAACUUAAGUUCGCAAAAAAUAUUAUGUUAGAAAUCAACUAUCAUAAUUUUAUAAAAGAAAACAUUAAUUUAGAUCACAUGCUUUUACUAGGUUCAUUGACAGAGCAAAAAAUCGAAAGUGAACCCCGUUAUUUUUUGCCUCACCAUGCGGUUUCCAAAACUAACGGGGUCACUGAAAAGAUUUGCGUAGUGUUUGAUGGGUCAGUCAAACCAUCAGUCGGAAAAAGCAUAAAUGCUUGUCUCAGUACAGGGUCAAAAGUACAAAACGACAUUUCCGAUGCAAUAAUUCGAUCUAGGACGCAUGAGGUCGCUUUUACAGCGGACAUUUGUAACAUGUAUCAUCAAAUUUUAAUUCAUCCCGAAGACAGACGAUACGAACAAAUUUUGUGGCGGGAUGAUCCUCAUUUAACAACUAACCACAUGAAUUUUCAUUUCAUUCCGCCUUCCACACCACAUAUGGGGAGUGUCUGGGAAGCAGCGGUCAAAUCUGCGAAAAGUCAGCUGAAACGCGUUACUGGUGCAUUUUUAUUUAAUUUCCAGGAAAUACAGACGUUGCUAAUACAAGUCGAAACGUGCUUGAAUUCGCGCCUGUUAACCACCAUGUCCAAAGAUCCAUAUGACCUAACUCCUUUAACUCCCGGUCAUUUCCUCGUUGGAACCCCUCUAACUGUUAUUCCAGAGGAUAACGUCACCACGGUCUCAACGAACCGGCUCUCCAGGUGGCAACAAUUCAGCCGCACUCAGCAGCAAUUUUGGAAACGGUGGACAGCAGAACAUAUGGGUCAACUUCAUCAUCGCCCAAAAUGGACCAAGGCCAGCCGCCAAUGUUGGAUGUAUGAUUGUUAUUCAUACAUACGUACCGAAAAAGAUUGA